GCAAAAGCGGGUUUGAAAUUCAGGAUUGUACUGUAUUACGAAGGCUGAUGGAAGAAAGCUCAGGAAGCGGAUGGAAGAAGAUGGAAGAGAAUCGAAUUUGCUUGGCAAGGAAUUCAGUGGGCAGCCUGCGUGGUCGAAACGACGAGAAUCUCAGUACAAAGAUAGAAAUUCCGAACCCAGUCAGUAAAUCAGGCUGGUCAAGCUGGACGUGAAAAUCUAUCCAAGUUACCUCAAGAACAUACUCUUCAUCUUCCAAUAUAGAACCUCGUUGCGCUUGUCCAGUUAAUUCCGUUGCUGGGUCGUAUCUCCGGUAUCAGUGAUACCGAAGCCUCGCAAAGAAGCACUCAGGAAAAGUUCCGUUGGUGCCUGGUCCUGGUAUCUAAUACGCAAGCUUACACCAAAUCUUACCAGCCUUUGCCAUCCCCAUCCUCUCGCACUCAGCCCCGGUCCAAUUCUUCAAGCCGCCUUCUGCUUCCACACUCAGGUCCUUUUAAAUCCUCCUCUCAGCCUCUCAAACCUCUCCCUUCACAUUCAAACCCUCCGCCGCACGGUCUCCUAAAUCCUCCUUCUCCUCUCACGUCCGGCGACUACAGUUCUUCCCACUUCUCGUCCUCCCGGACCUGCUUUUAUUCAAAAAAGUUCGUGUUUAUUCGGAACCUUCGUCCUACCCCUCGCGAGCUCUCUACUCUCAUUUUGAGUCCGCUUAGACCUAGAUCACAAUGGUUAAAGAUACGAAGUUUUACGACAUCCUCGGGGUUGACCCGUCGGCCUCCGAGGCCCAGCUGAGAAGCGCUUACAAGAAGGGUGCCCUCAAGUACCACCCUGACAAGAACCCCAACAACCCAGAGGCCGCUGAAACAUUCAAGGAAAUGUCCAAGGCGUACGAAGUUCUCUCCGAUCCUCAGAAGCGUAACAUCUACGACCAACUUGGUGAAGAGGGUCUUGAAGGCGGUGGCGGUGCCGGUGGAAUGGGCGCGGAGGAUCUCUUCGCCCAGUUCUUCGGCGGCGGCGGUGGUUUCGGCGGCAUGUUCGGCGGUGGUAUGCGGGAUCAGGGCCCCAAGAAGGCUCGCACCAUUCACCACGUCCACAAGGUCAACCUGGAAGAUAUCUACCGCGGCAAAGUAUCCAAGUUGGCUCUCCAGAAGUCCGUCAUCUGUCCUACUUGCGACGGUCGUGGUGGUAAGGAGGGCGCUGUCAAGACAUGUGCUGGCUGUAACGGUUCCGGUAUGAAGACGAUGAUGCGCCAGAUGGGUCCCAUGAUUCAGCGCUUCCAGACUGUCUGUCCCGACUGCAAUGGUGAAGGAGAGAAUAUCCGUGACAAGGACCGCUGCCGCAACUGCCAUGGUAAGAAGACUGUUGUCGAGCGCAAGGUCCUUCACGUCCACGUUGAUCGUGGUGUCAAGAAUGGCCACAAGAUCGAGUUCCGCGGUGAAGGUGACCAGCUUCCUGGCGUCAUGCCUGGUGAUGUUGUUUUCGAGAUUGAGCAGAAGCCCCACCCCCGAUUCCAGCGCAAGGAUGACGACCUUUUCUACCAUGCCGAAAUUGACCUCCUUACUGCGCUUGCUGGCGGAACAAUCAACAUUGAGCACCUUGACGACCGGUGGUUGUCUGUAACAAUCGCCCCUGGCGAGGUUAUCACACCUGGUGUCAUCAAGGUUAUCAAGGGCCAGGGUAUGCCGUCGUACCGCCACCACGAUCACGGUAACCUCUACAUCCAGUUCGACGUCAAGUUCCCCGAAAACCACGAACUUAGAAACCUCGAACUUUUGGAGCAGGUUCUGCCUCCCCGACAGGAGACAAACAGGCCUCCUGCGGACGCUAUGGUGGAAGACUUUGAUUUGGAGGAGGUUGAUAACAGCGAGCGCUCACAAGCACGCGCUCACGGGGCGGCCAGCAUGGACGAGGAUGACGAUGACGUUCCUCCUGGCGCUGAGCGGGUGCAAUGCGCUUCUCAGUAAUCUGGAGUGUUGUUAUGAUUGGGUGUGGCAGGGCCUCAUGAACUUCGCUUAUGAUACCAUGUUGAAGAUUAGCCCUGGCAUUGCUCUGUUCUGUUUUAAUUUUCGACGACUUGCUUUGCGAUGGCGUUUGCACCGAAGAUUCGGCUGAUGACUGGAGAUUCUCUUUCUUUCCUCUUUCGUCUUUCCACCCUUUAACCUUUUUUCCUUCGGCAUUCCAUCGACCGGUUGAUUCGUUUGGUUUCUAUACAUAAUUUCCAUCCUUUCCUUUCUCUUAGGUGGGAUCUAUUCGUGUUGUGGGAUCUAGGGACGCGGCCAGCACCCGCGCUUUGCGGCUGCAGAUGAGGACAGUUGUUCUUGGGGUGGUUACUGACAUUACCGACAUUAUAGACUCGCAUGAACUUGGGUAUGAUUUUCUUCUGAC